CCUCUACUUUUAGCCUCUUCACAAAAAGGCCAAGCUGCCGACCAAACAUCUGCACCACUCGAGGCUGGCUCCUCGUCAACGACAGCCAUGUCGGCAAGCUCCAGUGCCACUGCUAAUGAGCACGCUGAUGCCAUCCACUCUCUGGGCACAAACACUGCCAGUGCUCCAGCCCAGGACCAGCUGGACGAGGUCACCACCGUCAAUGACGGUGAUCCAUUGGGUCUUGGCCAGCACAAGCGUGCCAAUGUCACCCAGAGACAAAUGGAGGUUGACUACCCGUCUGCCAACAAACGCCACAUGAAGAAGUUCUACACGAGGCAGAACGCUCUCAUUGACCAGUUCCUCGAAAGUGGGGACGAGGAACGCUUAGCUGCUCUGGACACCUUGGAGAAUGGUCCCAAAGUCAAAUUUGCCGUAAAUGCUUCCUUCGUGGUCAACUUCUUCCUGUUCGUGAUCCAGCUGUAUGCUGCCAUUUCCACGGGUUCGCUGUCACUGUUUGCCACCGCGGCAGAUGCUUUCAUGGACCUGGUAUCAUCCAUCGUCAUGCUCAUCACAUCGCGAAUGGCUGCACGGCCCAGUGUAUACAAGUACCCUGUCGGUCGUACGCGUAUUGAAACCAUCGGCAUCAUCAUGUUCUGCUGCCUCAUGACCACGGUUGCUAUCCAAUUGAUCGUCGAGUCUGGGCGUGCCUUGGGAGAGGGUGCUUCGGAGCACGAACAGCUCCACAUCAUCCCCAUCGUGUUCGUGGGUGUCGCAAUCUUUUGCAAAGGUUCUCUAUGCAUCUACUGUUUCUUCCUCCGCCGGUACCCUGCGGUGCACGUCUUCUUCAUCGACCACCGUAACGACAUCAUUGUCAACGCCUUUGGUCUGACCAUGUCCAUUAUCGGAAGCCGUGUUGUGUGGUACCUCGACCCCCUCGGUGCCAUCCUCAUUGGUCUUCUCAUCCUGUGUUCUUGGGCUGCCAACGCCUUCGAGCAUGUGUGGCUCCUUGUGGGCAAGUCUGCACCGAACGAGUUCAUCUCCAAGCUCAUCUACCUCGUGGUCACGCAUGAUACCCGCAUUCAAAAAGUUGAUACUUGCCGAGCCUACCAUGCUGGACAGAACUAUUACGUCGAGGUCGAUAUUGUCAUGGAUGAGGAACUACCCCUCAAGGUCACCCACGAUGUCAGCCAGACCCUGCAACGAAAGCUUGAAGGACUUGCCAAUGUGGAGAGAGCCUACGUGCAUGUCGACUACGAGAACGAGCACGACAUCUACGAGGAGCACAAGCCCCUCUACGAGAUCACCGAACGCCGGUCGAUCAAGCAACGUGUGAAGGCGCUCUUGUCAAGGAACAAGGAGCAAGCUUCAUAACAUUCCCCCGCCCACCCUCCGCAAACCCCUCAUAUCCGUACCGUACACGAUCACGCAUUGUAUUAUUAGUUCCGGUCCUGUCAUUUCAUAGAACUUGGCGAUCUGUUUCAUUGUUCAAAAGUCUUUUCUUUCCAGCAUCAUUUGAUACCUAAGUGCUUGGGGCGCGACGCGCAGCACUUCACAUAUAGCAUGUACACCUAGUCACUCUUUGGCACAAAUGUUAAUGAAUCCGUCCUUUGCGG